AUGAGGACAUCUGCGAUCGCCUUCUCCCUUCUGUCGGGCUUUUCGAUCUUCCUGGUUGCGAUUGUGUUGCACAAUGGAAAUUUUUAUGCACAACAUUCCGUCCUGGAUUCCGAGGUUUUCUCGCAGGGUGACGUGCAAUACUUCUACUUACCAGCCGAUGUUGUCAAGAAGGCAGAGACUGGGAUGAAACGACGCAACUUCGAGUAUUCUAAAGUGAUACAGCAAUCGCUAGAGAGCUCUGGGAAGGGCGCCGCAAGAAACUGUGCGAUUUCUAGCCUUGUGGAGCAAGCAAACGCGAUCUUUCCCCAGUGGGAUGGAUGUGGAUACAUGCAUGCAUCUACUACGUUCUCGACGCCAUCAUCAGGAGGGGUGGUUACAGGUCCUUCCGACGAUACACUUUGUGGUCCUGAUGAUGUUGAGAUCUGGCCUUGCAAUGAAAAGUUUGGAAGGAAAUUCGAGAAUGACAACCCUGGGAACCUUGCUCAUUGCUACCAGAUGAUCAAGGGAUUAACGGAGACUUGUGAUUUCUACGACAAGUGUGGGCCAAGGAUGUACGCAAGUGAAGGAGCAACAUCGGUUUGUUCCUCCCCGACUGGCGACUAUUACAAGGAGCCUGAAGUGCAGAGGAUGUGUGGAAUCUGUCGAAUGGCACGGACUGAGCUGCUCAAUGCCCAAGAAGUGGAUGACAAUGGAGGUGGUUGUUUGGCGGACGAUGCAGUCGCGGUCCGACGAAGUGAAGAGCAUGGAGGACUGAGGGAGGAGCAAGUUGCCAUCAAGGAUCUCAACGUUGGUGACCUGGUCAGAGCGCCAGAUGCAUCUGGAAAAGUGGCAUGGCGGCCUGUAUAUUACGUCAUGGCGCACAAGGAAGCCAUGCCGCUUGUUGAGCUGCAAUGGCGAGGAGGAAGCUUGACGAUCUCAAACAACCAUUUCGUCCCGGUUCAUCGGGAGGGCCCCGGCGGGUAUGAAGGGAUCGAAUCCCACAAGACCGCCAGAGCCUCUGACAUCUCCGUGGGAGACUCGAUCUUCGUCUUGGAGGCAGGUGGUCGAUACCAGCCUGUCCCCGUAACAGGCGUGAGAACCUCUCGAGGACGGGCAAGAUACGUCCUGGUCGAAGGAGGAAGAGUCGAAGUCGGGGCAAGAGGAGGAGAGGUUGGAGCAGCUGCCACUGUGUAUAGCACGGCCUUGGGCGAACUGGAGACCCUACCUUUCCUUUUUCUUCACUCCCUCCUCCCGGGAAGUCUGCAGGUUCCCGCCAUUGCAAGAUCGCUGGAACUUGCGCUAGAAUCACCACUUCUCAUGGCGAUAGAGCGGGCUCUUGUGCAGUUGGUAGGCGAUGUUGUUUCCUCCUGGAGAAGAUCGUUGUAG